AUCAUAUAGUUCUGAACCCGACAUUUGUGUUUCUAAAUGCGAAUGGUGAUGGGAUGAGGUCUGAGAUUGAAAGUCUAUAAUACUCCUCAAAAUUUCCAAAAUUACCCGCUGUUUAUACUUCUAAACAGAGGACCAAGGGAAGGGUAUCUUGGUAAUUAGAUAGUUCACUGCAACAAAACCACCCAGGAAGCUAGAAACUGAAAGUGUACUAGUGCCCAUCCCCCCAAUGACCCCAACGAAUUUUACCCACAGCGCUAAACCCAAUGCUGUAUUCUAAAAGCUCUAGCAGGACAGUCCCAUCCUUUCAGUAUCAUAAACCCUAAUUUCACCUCCUAGGUUUUCAUCCUCCAUUGCUCUCAACCCCCUCGCUCUAACAAAUGGCAACAUUCUUCCUCUUCCUUGUAACUCUCUUAUCUUCUCUUGUUGUUUCGCAUCAGCAACCCCUUCUCGACUCGGCCGAGCAAGACUCUGUCUAUGAGGUCCUUUCCUCCAUCAACUCAGCCAUUCCUUGGCGUACUCUCUUCCCUGAUGACCUCUGCCUCUCUGCUCCUCACGGCGUCGUUUGCGACUACUUCUUUGAACAACCCAACUCGCAAAACCUUUCCGUUUCCACUACCCUUCCUCAAACGGUUCACGUUACCGAGCUUAGUUUCGGAUAUGUCUCCGAUUCUACUCCAAACCCGCCUUGUUCUCCGAAUUCCACUCUCAACCCCCUUCUCUUCACCUCCUUUAAGUACCUUCGCAAGCUUUUUUUCUACAAGUGCUUCACUGAAACACCUGUUGUGAUGCCUAACAUUUCUUCUUCUAGUUUCGGGGCUAAUCUUGAGGAGCUUGUGUUUGUAGAAAACCCAGCUUUGGUUAGUUCUCUCAGUGGCAUCAUUGGUAAUUUCACCAAUAUGAGAAGGCUGGUUUUGAAUGGCAGUGGGGUUUAUGGAAGUAUCCCUGAUGGGAUUGGUAAUUUGGUCAACAUAGAAGAGAUUACACUAUCAAGAAAUCAGUUAAGCGGUAGUCUUCCAUUUAGUCUAACCAAGUUGAAGAAGUUGAGAGUUCUAGAUUUGAGUCAAAACCACUUUGACGGAAAUGUUCCCGAGUCUAUAGGUAAUUUAUGUCAGAUUUUGAAGCUUGAUUUGAGCUAUAAUGGGUUUAUGGGUAAAAUUCCAUAUAGCAUGGUUAACUUGCAGAGCUUGGAGUUUUUAGACCUGAGUUUUAACCGGUUCGGUAACUUUGGAGUUCCCCUGUUCUUAGGAGAAAUGCCCAGACUGAGAGAAGUGUAUUUGAGUGGGAAUUUACUGGGAGGGCAUAUCCCAGAAAUAUGGGAAAAGCUUGGGGGUGUUUCGGGAAUUGGAUUUUCAGACAUGGGUCUGGUUGGAGAGAUUCCACCUUCCAUGGGGGUAUACUUGAGAAACUUGUGUUAUCUAAGGCUUGAUAACAACAAGCUUGAAGGAAAAGUGCCAGAGGAGUUAGGAUUUUUGGAAUUUGUAAAUGAGAUCAACUUGGAAAACAACAAUUUGAGUGGUAAAAUUCCAUUCUCUGCAAAAUUUACAGCUAAGAUUGGUGAAAAGUUGAAGUUAAAGGGUAAUUCAGGGCUGUGCAUUGAUGAAGAUUUUGGCUCUGGCAAAAAUAACAAGGUCAUCUUGGAGAAAUGGAAGUUGUGCAACAAAUCAGAUAUUCCCAAUCCUGUCAUUUUUAAAGAGCAUAAUUCUGUUUCUUCAUUGUCAUCAGUGCAGGUGUUAUCUUCUCCAUCUGGGUUAAUGAUUUUGUGUUUCUUGUCUCUUCUUUGGUAAUUUGUCUAGAGAGGCCAUGAUUAAAAGAAGAAAGAAACAGGUUGUAUACCUUUUUUUUUUUUUACAAGAAUUUUUUGGGGUUUAGAUCAGAAAUGGUGGGAUUGAGGCAAAUAUGUAAUUAUUGGCUUUUAUGAUGAAAAUUUAAAAUUGCAUAUACUGUGUUACUUA